AUAUGUUACCCUUCUUUUCCGGUGUGUACGUCGUAGUCAGUCAUGAUGGCGUCUCAGCAGCCCGGCGGGCCGAUGUCUCAGGCCGGAUUACAACCGACUAUUUCAUUACAACAGCAACAGCAACAACAACAACAACAACAACAGCUAUUGAGCCAACAGCAAGACUUUGAUCCAGUCCAUAGAUUUAAGAUGCUAAUUCCACAGCUGAAGGAGAGUCUGCAGAAUUUAAUGAAGAUUGCAUCCCUGAAUUUGGCCCAUAACACGACAAUUGACAACGGCAUCAAAAGCAGCGACACCUCUGUUCAGCGCUUUGACAAGAGCCUCGAGGAGUUUUAUGCCCUUUGCGAUCAACUGGAGCUGUGCUUGCGGCUGGCAUACGAGUGCCUCUCCCAGAGCAUCGACAGCGCCAAACAUUCACCUAACCUGGUCCCAACAGCCACCAAGCCGGACACAGUGCAGACAGAGUCCAUGUCUUAUGCCCAAUACCUCGGCAUGAUCAAGUCUCAAAUCUCCUGUGCCAAAGAUAUCCACAAUGCUUUGCUGGAGUGCUCCAAGAAGAUCGCAGGGAAGGGACAACCUCAGGGAAUCAUGUAGAUCCCAACUCUUUCUACAUCUGGUGACAUUUUUGAGAAGGAUGAUGAAUUUCAUAUAUUGGACUGUCCCAUAUUCAGAUUUUAGUUUUGGUCAAGACACUCUUUAAUUUCUCAAGAUCCUGUAUAGUUUCUUUCUUUCUUUUUUAAAGUAACUUAUGUUUCUUGUAAGCACUUUGUAAAUAUUCCUGACAAAAUGUCAUGUUCUAAGAUGACCAGCAGGUGGUGCCAGAGUUGUAACUGCCAACUCAAUAUCCACAACUCUUUUGUAGCUUAUUUGUAUUGAAUAUUAAAAUCUUUGUAUUGAAAAUAAUACUUUCAAAUUUUUCAAGAUGCACAAAGGAAGACCUGUCUGUCAAUAACAGAUGUAACUGAUGAGGAGGGUGUAAGGUUAGAGCAUGAUUCAUGAGAGCAAGAAAACAGAAAUAAUGCAGGUAAAAUUUAGAAUUUUAUCUUAUUUGUCUAAUUAUUAUGAUUUAACUUAUUUGUCUGCAGUGAAGUUUGGAAAGCUUGAACACUGGAAGUAGUAAAAGGGAAGAAAAUGUGAGACACAUCAGAGGCGGUGGAAUGUCUUUUGAAUAAAAGUGGUCACAAGCA